AUGAGCCAUCAACUCCCCAUUCUCCCUCUUUCCCAUAACCCUGUCCCAUUCUCCCGCUAUCCAUCACCCCGCCUCAUUCUCCCGCUUCCCAUAACCCCACCCCAUUCUCCCGCUUUCCAUCACCCCGCCACAUUCUCCCGCUUUCUAUCACCCCGCCCCAUUCUCCCUCUUUCCAUCAACCCGCCCCAUUCUCCCGCUUUCCAUCACCCCGCCCCAUUCUCCCGAUUUCCAUCACCCCGCCCCAUUCUCCCGCUUUCCAUCACCCCACCCCAUUCUCCCGCUUUCCAUCACCCUGCCACAUUCUCCCGCUUUCCAUCAUCCCGCCCCAUUCUCCCUCCUUCCAUCACCCCGCCCCAUUCUCCCGCUUUCCAUUACCCCGCCCCAUUCUCCCGCUUUCCAUCACCCCGCCCCAUUCUCCCUCUUUCCAUCACCCCGCCCCAUUCUCACGCUUUCCAUCAUCCCGCCCCAUUCUCCCGCUUUCCAUCACCCCGCCCCUUUCUUCCUCUUUCCAUCACCCCGCCCCAUUCUCCCGCUUUCCAUCUCCGCGCCCCAUUCUCCCGCUUUCCAUCACCCCGCCCCAUUCUCCCGCUUUCCAUCACCCCGCCCCAUUCUUCCGCUUUCCAUCACCCCACCCAAUUCUCCCUCUUUCUUUCACCCCUCCCCAUUCUCCCCAUUUCCAUCACCCCGCCCCAUUCUCCCUCUUUCCAUCACCCCGCCCUAUUCUCCCGCUUUCCAUCACCCGCCCCAUUCUUCCGCUUUCCAUCAACCCGCCCCAUUCUCCCGCUUUCCAUCACCCCGCCCCAUUCUCCCUCCUUCCAUCACCCCGCCCCAUUCUCCCGCUUUCCAUCACCCCGCCCCAUUCUCCCUCCUUUCAUCACCUCGCCCCAUUCUCCCUCCUUCCAUCACCCCGCCCCAUUCUCCCGCUUUCCAUCACUCCGCCCCAUUCUCCCUCCUUCCAUCACCCCGCCCCAUUCUCCCUCCUUCCAUCACCCCGCCCCAUUCUCCCGCUUUCCAUCACCCCGCCCCAUUCUCCCGCUUCCCAUAUCCCCACCCCAUUCUCCCGCUUUCCAUCACCCCGCCACCCCGCCCCAUUCUCCCGCUUUCCAUCACCCCUCCCCUUUCUCCCGCUUUCCAUCUCCCCGCCCCAUUCUCCCGCUUUCCAUCACCCCGCCCCAUUCUCCCGCUUUCCAUCACCCCGCCCCAUUCUUCCGCUUCCCAUCAUCCCGCCCCAUUCCCCCGCUUUCCAUCACCCCUCCCCAUUCUUCCUCCUUCCAUCACCUCGCCCCAUUCUCUCGCUUUCCAUCACCCGGCUCGAUUCUCCCGCUUUCCAUCACCCCGCCCCAUUCUCCCGCUUUCCAUCACCCAGCCCCAUUCUCCCGCUUUCCAUCACCCCGCCCCAUUCUCCCGCUUUCCAUCACCCCGCCACAUUCUCCCGCUUUCCAUCACCCCGCCCCAUUCUCCCUCCUUCCAUCACCCCGCCCCAUUCUCCCGCUUUCCAUCACCCCGCCCCACUCUCCCGCUUCCCAUAACCCCACCCAAUUCUCCCGCUUUCCAUCACCCCACCACAUUUUCCCGUUUUCUAUCACCCCGCCCCAUUCUCCCUCCUUCCAUCACCCCGCCCCAUUCUCCCGCUUUCCAUCACCCCGCCCCAUUCUCCCGAUUUCCGUCACCCCGCCCCAUUCUCCCGCUUUCCAUCACCCCGCCCCAUUCUCCCGCUUUCUAUCACCCCGCCCCAUUCUCCCGCAUUCCAUCAUCCCGCCCCAUUCUCCCUCCUUCCAUCACCCCGCCCCAUUCUCCCGCUUUCCAUCACUCCGCCCCAUUCUCCCUCCUUCCAUCACCCCGCCCCAUUCUCCCUCCUUCCAUCACCCCGCCCCAUUCUCCCGCUUUCCAUCACCCCGCCCCAUUCUCCCUUUUUCCAUCACCCCGCCCCAUUCUCCCGCUUUCCAUCACCCCGCCCCAUUCUCCCGCUUUCCAUCACCCCGCUCCAUUCUCCCGCUUUCCAUCGACCCACCCAAUUCUCCCUCUUUCCAUCACCUCUCCCCAUUCUCCCUCUUUCCAUCACCCCGCCCCAUUCUCCCGCUUUCCAUCACCCCGCCCCAUUCUCUCGCUUUCCAUCACCCCGCCCCAUUCUCCCGCUUUCCAUCACCCCGCCCCAUUCUCCCUCUUUCCAUCACCCCGUCCCAUUCUCCCGCUUUCCAUCACCCCGCCCCAUUCUCCCGCUUUCCAUCACCCCGCCCCAUUCUCCUUCUUUCCAUCACCCCGCCCCAUUCUCCCUCUUUCCAUCACCCCGCCCCAUUCUCCCGCUUUCCAUCACCCCGCGCCAUUUUCCCUCUUUCCAUCACCCCGCCCCAUUCUCCCACUUUGCAUCACCCCGCCCCAUUCUCUCGCUUUCCAUCAUCCCGCUCCAUUGUCCUGCUUUCCAUCACCCCGCCCAAUUCUCACUCUUUCCAUCACCCCUCCCCAUUCUCCCUUUUUCCAUCACCCCGCCCCAUUCUCUCGCUUUCCAUCACCCCGCUCCAUUCUCCCGCUUUCCAUCACCCCGCCCAAUUCUCCCUCUUUCCAUCAACCCUCCCUAUUCUCCCACUUUCCAUCACCCCGCCCCAUUCUCUCGCUUUCCAUCACCCCGCCCCAUUCUCCCGCUUUCCAUCGCCCCGCCCCAUUCUCCCGCUUUCCAUCACCCCGCCCCAUUCUCCCGCUUUCCAUCACCCCGCCCCAUUCUCCCUUUUUCCAUCACCCCGCCCCAUGCUCCCGAUUUCCAUCACCCCGCCCCAUUCUCCCGCUUUCCAUCAUCCCGCCCCAUUCUCCCGCUUUCCACCACCCCGCCCCAUUCUCCCUCUUUCCAUCACCCCGCCCCAUUCUUCCUCUUUCCAUCACCCCGCCCCAUUCUCCCGAUUUCCAUCACCCCGCCCCAUUCUCCCAAUUUCCAUCACCCCGCCUCAUUCUCCCUCUUUCCAUCACCCCGCCCCAUUCUCCCUCUUUCCAUCACCCCGCCCCACUCUCCCGCCUUCCAUCACCCCGCCCAAUUCUCCCUCUUUCCAUCACCCCGCCCCAUUCUCCCUCUUUCCAUCACCCCGCCCCAUUCUCCCGCUUUCCAUCACCCCGCCCCAUUCUCCCUCUUUCCAUCACCCCGCCCCAUUCUCCCUCUUUCCAUCACCCCGCCCCAUUCUCCCGCUUUCCAGCACCCCGCGCCAUUUUCCCUCUUUCCAUCACCCCGCCCCAUUCUCCCGCUUUCCAUCACCCCGCCCCAUUCUCUCGCUUUCCAUCAUCCCGCUCCAUUGUCCCGCUUUCCAUCACCCCGCCCAAUUCUCCCUCUUUCCAUCACCCCUCCCCAUCCUCCUUUUUUCCAUCACCCCGCCCCAUUCUCCCGCUUUCCAUCACGCCGCCCCAUUCUCCCUCUUUCCAUCACCCCGCCCCACUCUCCCGCCUUCCAUCAACCCGCCCAAUUCUCCCUCUUUCCAUCACCCCGCCCCAUUCUCCCUCUUUCCAUCACCCCGCCCCAUUCUCCCGCUUUCCAUCACCCCGCCCCAUUCUCCUUCUUUCCAUCACCCCGCCCCAUUCUCCCUCUUUCCAUCAACCCGCCCCAUUCUCCCGCUUUCCAUCACCCCGCGCCAUUUUCCCUCUUUCCAUCACCCCGCCCCAUUCUCCCGCUUUCCAUCACCCCACCCCAUUCUCUCGCUUUCCAUCAUCCCGCUCCAUUGUCCCGCUUUCCAUCACCCCGCCCAAUUCUCACUCUUUCCAUCACCCCUCCCCAUUCUCCCUUUUUCCAUCACCCCGCCCCAUUCUCCCUCUUUCCAUCACCCCGCCCCAUUCUCCCUCUUUCCAUCACCCCGCCCCAUUCUCCAGCUUUCCAUCACCCCGCCCCAUUCUCCUUCUUUCCAUCACCCCGCCCCAUUCUCCCUCUUUCCAUCAACCCGCCCCAUUCUCCCGCUUUCCAUCACCCUGCGCCAUUUUCCCUCUUUCCAUCACCCCGCCCCAUUCUCCCGCUUUCCAUCACCUCGCCCGAUCCUCCCUCUUUCCAUCACCCCGCCCCAUUCUACUGCUGUCCAUCACCCUGCUCCAUUCUCCCGCUUCCCAUCACCCUGCCCAAUUCUCCCUCUUUCCAUCACCCCUCCCCAUUCUCCCUCUUUCCAUCACCCCGCCCCAUUCUCCCGCUUUCCAUCACCCCGCCCCAUUCUCCCUCUUUCCAUCACCUCGCCCGAUCCUCCCUCUUUCCAUCACCCCGCACCAUUCUCCCGCUUACCAUCACCCCGCCCCAUUCUAGUGCUUUCCAUCACCCCGUCCCAUUCUCCCGCUUUCCAUCACCCCACUCCAUUCUCCCGCUUUCCAUCACCACGCCCAAUUUUCCCUCUUUCCAUCAACCCGCCCCAUUCUCCCUCUUUCCAUCACCCCGCCCCAUUCUCCCCCAAUCCAUCACCCCACCCCAUUUUCACUCUUUCCAUCACCCGGUCCCAUUCUCCCGCUAUCCAUCACCCCGCCCCAUUCUCCCGCUUUCCAUCACCCCGCUCCAUUCUCCCGCUUUCCAACACCCCGCCCAAUUCUCCCUCUUUCCAUCACCCCUUCCCAUUCUCCCUCUUUCCAUCAUCCAGCCCCAUUCUCCCGCUUUCCAUCACCCCGCCUCAUUCUCCCUCUUUCCAUCACCGCGCCCCAUUCUCCCUCUUUCCAUCACCCUGCCCCAUUCUCUCGCUUUCCAUCACCCCGCCCCAUUCUCCCGCUUUCUAUCACACCGCCCCAUUCUCCCGCUUUCCAUCACCCUGCUUUAUUCUCCCGCUUUCCAUCACCCCGCCCAAUUCUCCCUCUUUCCAUCACCCCUCUCCAUUCUCCCUCUUUCCAUCACCCCGCCCCAUUCUCCCUCUUUCCAUCACCCCUCCCCAUUCUCCCUCUUUCCAUCACCCGGCACCAUUCUCCCGCUUUCCAUCACCCCGCACCAUUCUACUGCUUUCCAUCACCCCGCCCCAUUCUACUGCUUUCCAUCACCCCGUCCCAUUCUCCUGCUUUCCAUCACCCCGCCCAAUUUUCCCUCUUUCCAUCACCCUGACCCAUUCUCCCUCUUUCCAUCACCCCGCCUCAUUCUCCCCCAAUCCAUCACCCCUCCCCAUUUUCACUCUUUCCAUCACCCCGUCCCAUUCUCCCGCUUUCCAUCACCCCGCCCCAUUCUCCCUCUUUCCAUCACCCCGCCCCAUUCUCCCUAUUUCCAUCACCCCGCCCCAUUUUCACUCUUUCCAUCACCCCGUCCCAUUCUCCCGCUUUCCAUCACCCCGCCCCAUUCUCCCGCUUUCCAUCACCCCGCUCCAUUCUCCCGCUUUCCAUCACCCCGCCCAAUUCUCCCUCUUUUUAUCACCCCUCAACAUUCUCCCUCUUUCCAUCACCCCGCCCCAUUCUCCCGCUUUCCAUCACCCCGCCCCAUUCUCCCUCUUUCCAUCACCCCGCCCCAUUCUCCCUCUUUCUAUCACCCCGCCCCAUGCUCCCUGUUUCCAUCACCCCGCCCCAUUCUCCCUGUUUCCAUCACCCCGCCCCAUUCUCACGCUUUCCAUCACCCCGCCCCAUUCUCCUGCUAUCCAUCACCCCGCCCCGUUCUCCCGCUUUCUUUCACCCCGCCCCAUUUUCCCGCUUUCCAUCAUCGCGCCCCGUUCUCCCGCCUUCCAUCACCCCGCCCCGUUCUCCCGCUUUCCAUCACCUCGCCCCGUUCUCCCGCUUUCCAUCACCCCGCCCCGUUCUCCCGCUUUCCAUCACCCAGCACCAGUCUCCCGCUCUCAAUCACCCCGCCCCAUUCACCCGUUUUCCAUCACCCCUCCCCAUUCUCCCUCUUUCCAUCACCCGCUCCAUUCUCCCGCUUUCCAUCACCCCGCCCAAUUCCCCCUCUUUUCAUCACCCCUCUCCAUUCUCCCUCUUUCCAUCACCCGGCCCCAUUCUCCUGCUUUCCAUCACCCCGCCCCAUUCUCCCUCUUUCAAUUACCCUGCCCCAUUCUCCCGCUUUCCAUCACCCCGCCCCAUUCUCCCUCUUUCCACCACCUCGCCCCAUUCUCCCUGUUUCCAUCACCCCUCCCCAUUCUCCCUCUUUCCAUCACCCCGCCCCAUUCUCCCGCUUUCCAUCACCCCGCCCCAUUCUCCCGCUUUCCAUCACCCCACCCCAUUCUCCCGCUUUCCAUCACCCUGCCCCAUUCUUCCGCUUUCCAUCACCCCGCCUCAUUCUCCCGAUUUCUAUCACCCGGCCCCAGUCUCCCGCUUUCCCUUACUUCGCCCCAUUCUCCCGCUUUCCAUCACCCCGCCCCUUUCUCCCACUUUUCAUCACCCCGCCCCGUUCUCCCGCUUUCCAUCACCUCGCCCCGUUCUACCGCUUUCCAUCACCCCGCUUCGUUCUCUCGCUUUCCAUCACCCCGCCCCAUUCUCCCCCUUUCCAUCACCCCGCCCCAGUCUCCCGCUCUCAAUCACCCCGCCCCAUUCUCCCGUUUUCCAUCACCCCUCCCCAUUCUCCCUCUUUCCAUCACCCCGCUCCAUUCUCCCUCUUUCCAUCACCCGUCCCUGUUCUCCCGAUUUCAAUCACCCCGCCCCAUUCUCCCGCUUUCCAUCACCCCGCCCCAUUCUCCUCUUUCCAUCACCCCGCCCCAUUCUCCCGCUUUCGAUCACCCGCCCCAUUCUCUUGCUUUCCAUCACCCCGCCCCAUUCUCCCGCUUUCCAUCAGCCGCCCCGUUCUCCCACUUUUAUUACCCCGCCCCAUUCUCCCGCUUCUUCGCUUUCCAUCACCCCGCCCUAUUCUCCCUCUUUCCAUCACCCCGCCCCAUUCUCCCGCUUUCCAUCACCCCGCCCCGUUUUCCCUCUUUCCAUCACUGCGCCACAUUCUCCCGCUUUCCAUCACCCCGCCCCACUCUCCCGCUUUCCAUCACCCAGCCCCAUUCUUCCUCUUUCCAUAACCCCGCCCCAUUCUCCCGCUUUCCAUCACUCCGCCCCAUUCUCCAGCUUUCCAUCACCCCGCUCCAUUCUCCCGCUUUCCAUCACCCCCGCCCCAUUCUCCCUCUUUCAUUCACCCCGCCCCAUUCUCCCUCUAUCCAUUACCCCGCCCCAUUCUCCCGCUUUCCAUCACCCUGUCCCAUUCUCCUGCUUUUCAUCACUCUCCCGCUUUCCCUUACUUCGCCCCAUUCUCCCGCUUUCCAUCACCCCGCCCCAUUCUCCCGCUUUCCAUCACCCCGCCCCGUUCUCCCACUUUCCAUUACCCCGCCCCGUUCUCCCGCUUUCUAUCACCUCGCCCCGUUCUACCGCUUUCCAUCACCCCGCUUCGUUCUCCCGCAUUCCAUCACCCCGCCCCAUUCUCCCCCUUUCCAUCACCCCGCCCCGUUCUCCCUCUUCUCAUCACCCCGCCCCAUUCUCCCUCUUUCCAACACCCCGCCCCAUUCUCCUGCUUUCCAUCACCCCGCCCCAUUCUCCCUCUUUCCAUCACCCCGCCCCAAUCUCCCGCUUUCCAUCACCUCGCCCCAUUCUCCCUCUUUCCAUCACCCCGCCCCAUUCUCCCUCUUUCCAUCACCGCGCCCCAUUCUCCCGCCUUCCAUCACCCUGCCCCAUUCUCCCUCUUUCCAUCACCCCGCUCCAUUCUCCCGCUUUCCAUCACCCCGCCCCAUUCUCCCGCUUUCCAUCACCCCGCCCCAUUCUCCCUCUUUCCAUCAGCCCGCCCCGUUCUCCCGCCUUCCAUCACCCCGCCCCAUUCUCCCUCUUUCCAUCACCCCGCCCCAUUCUCCCACUUUCCAUCACCCCGCCCCAUUCUCACGCUUUCCAUCACCCCGCUCUAUUCUCCCGCUUUCCAUCACCCCGCCCAAUUCUCCCUCUUUCUAUCACCCCUCCCCAUUCUCCCUCUUUCCAUCACCCCGCCCCAUUCUCCCGCUUUCCAUCACCCCGCCCCAUUCUCCCGCUUUCCAUCACCCCGCCCCAUUCUCCUUCUUUCCAUCACCCCGCCCCAUUCUCCCGCUUUCCAUCACCCCGCCCCAUUCUCUCGCUUUCCAUCAACCCGCCCCUUUCUCCCUCUUUCCAUCACCCCACCCCGUUCUCUCGCUUUCCAUCACCCCGCCCCAGUCUCCUGCUCUCAAUCACCCCUCCCCAUUCUCCCGUUUUCCAUCACCCCUCCCCAUUCUCCCUCUUUCCAUCACCCCGCCCCAUUCUCCCUCUUUCCAUCACCCGGCCCUGUUCUCCCGCUUUCAAUCACCCUGCCCCAUUCUCCCGCUUUCCAUCACCUCGCCCCAUUCUCCCGCUUUCCAUCACCCCGCCCCAUUCUCCCGCUUUCCAUCACCCCGCCCCAUUCUCCUGCUUUCCAUCACCCCGCCCUAUUCUCCCUCUUUCCAUCACCCCGCCCCAUUCUCCCGCUUUCGAUCACCCCGCCCCAUUUUCCCUCUUUCCAUCACCGCGCCACAUUCUCCCGCUUUCCAUCACCCCGCCCCACUCUCCCGCUUUCCAUCACCCAGCCCCAUUCUUCCUCUUUCCAUAACCGCGCCCCAUUCUCCCGCUUUCCAUCACUCCGCCCCAUUCUCCAACUUUCCAUCACCCCGCUCCAUUCUCCCGCUUUCCAUCACCCCCGCCCCAUUCUCCCUCUAUCCAUCACCCCGCCCCAUUCUCCCGCUUUCCAUCACCCUGUCCCAUUCACCCGCUUUCCAUCACCUUGCCCCAUUCACUUGCUUUUCAUCACCCCGCCCUAUUCUCCCGCUUUCCAUCACCCCGCCCCAUUCUCCCGCUUUCUAUCACCCCGCCCCAUUCUCCCGCUUUCCAUCACCCCGCCCCAUUCUCCCGCUUUCCAUCACCCCGCCCUGUUCUCCCUCUUUCCAUCACCCCGCUCCAUUCUCCCGCUUUCCAUCACCCCGCCCCAUUCUCCCGCUUUCCAUCACCCCGCCCCAUUCUCCCACGUCUGCUUCCUCAGGUACUGGUGAGUCUGCGCUCUCAGGUACUGGUGAGUCUGCGCUUUCAGGUACUGCGCCGGCUUCGGCCUCCCUCACCUUCACUCUUGACUCUGGGGCCUCUCGCUCCUUCUUUCGCGACUGCACCACAUUCACGCCGCUUCGUCGGCUGUCGCGGUGUCCCUUUCCAUCACCCCGCCCCAUUCUCCCGCUCUCAAUCACCCCGCCCCAUUCUCCCGUUUUCCAUCACCCCUCCCCAUUCUCCCUCUUUCUAUCACCCCGCCCCAUUCUCCCUCUUUCCAUCACCCUUCCCCAUUCUCCCGCUUUCUAUCACCCCGCCCCAUUCUCCCGCUUUCCAUCAUCCCCCUCCAUUCUCCCCCUUUCCAUCACCCCGCCCAAUUCUCCCUCUUUCCAUCAACCCUCCCCAUUCUCCCUCUUUCCAUCACCCCGCCCUAUUCUCCCGCUUUCCAUCACCCCGUCCCAUUCUCCCGCUUUCCAUCACCCCGCCCCAUUCUCCUGCUUUUCAUCACCCCGCCCCAUUCUCCCGCUUUCCAUCACCCCGUCCCAUUCUCCCUCUUUCCAUCACCCCGCUCCAUUCUCCCGCUUUCCAUCACCCUGCCCUAUUCUCCCUCUUUCCAUCACCCCUCCCUCUUCUCCCUCUUUCCAUCACCCCGCCCUAUUCUCCCGCUUUCCAUCACCCCGCCCCAUUCUCCCGCUUUCCAUCACCCCGCCCCAUUCUCCCGCUUUCCAUCACCCCGCCCCAUUCUCCCGCUUUCCAUCACCCCGCCCCAUUCUCCCGCUUUGCAUCACCCCGCCCCAUUCUCCCGCUUUCCAUCACCCCGCCCCAUUCUCCCGCUUUCCAUCACCCCUCCCCAUUCUCCCUCUUUCCAUCACCCCGCCCCAUUCUCCUGCUUCCCAUCACCCCGCCCCAUUCUCCCGCUUUCCAUCACCCCGCCCCAUUCUCCCUCUUUCCAUCACCCCGCCCCAUUCUCCCGCUUUCCAUCUCCCCACCCCAUUCUCCUGCUUUCCAUCACCCCGCCCAUUCUCCCGCCUCUUUCCAUCACCCCGCCCCAUUCUCCCGCUUUCCAUCACCGCGCCCCAUUCUCCCGCUUUCCAUCACCCCGCCCCCAUUCUCCCGCUUCCCAUCACCCCGCCCCAUUCUCCCACUUUCCAUCACCCCGCCCCAUUCUCCAGCAUUCCAUCACCGCGCCCCAUUCUCCUGCUUUCCAUCACCCCGCCCCAUUCUCCCUCUUUCCAUCACCCCGCCCCAUUCUCCCUCUUUCCAUCACCCCGCCCCAUUCUCCCGCUUUCCAUCACCCCGCCCCAUUCUCCCGAUUUCCAUCACCCCGCCCCAUUCUCCCGCUUUCCAUCACCCCGCCCCAUUCUCCCGGUUUCCAUCACCCCGCCCCAUUCUCCCGGUUUCCAUCACCCUGCCCCAUUCUCUCGCUUUCCAUCACUCUGCCCCACUCUACCUCUUUCUAUCACCCCGCCCCAUUCUCCCUCUUUCCAUCACCCCGCCCCAUUCUCCCGAUUUCCAUCACCCCGCCCCAUUCUCUCGCCUCUUUCCAUCACCCCGCCCCAUUCUCCCGCUUUCCAUCACUCCGCCCCAUUCUCCCGCUUUCCAUCACCCCGCCCCAUUCUCCCGCUUUCCAUCACCCCGCCCCAUUCUCCAACUUUCCAUCACCCCGCCCCAAUCUCCCGCUUUCCAUCAACCCGACCCAUUCUCCCGCUUUCCAUCACCCCGCCCCAUUCUCCCUCUUUCGAUCACCCGCCCCAUUCUCCCGCUUUCCUUCACCCCGCCCCAUUCUUUCGCCUCUUUCCAUCACCCCGCCCCAUUCUCCCGCUUUCCAUCACCCCGCCCCAUUCUCUUGCUUUCCAUCACCCCGCCCCAUUCUCCAGCUUUCCAUCACCCCGCCCCAUUCUCCCUCUUUCCAUCACCCUUCCCCAUUCUCCCUCUAUCCAUCACCCCACCCAAUUAUCCCGCUUUCCAUCACCCCGUCCCAUUCUACCGCUUUCCAUCACCCCGCCCCAUUCUUUUGCGUUCCAUCACCCCACCCCAUCCUCCCCUCUUUCCAUCACCCCGCACCAUUCUCCCUCUUUCCAUCACCCCGCCCCAUUCUCCCGCUUUCCAUCACCCCGCCCCAUUCUCCCUCUUUCAAACACCCCGCCCCAUUCUCUCGCUUUCCAUCACCCCGCCCAGUUCUCCCGCUUUCCAUCACCCCGCCCCAUUUUCCCGCUUUCCAUCACCCCGCCCCAUUCUCCUGCUUUCCAUCACCCCGCCCCAUUCUCCCUCAUUCCAUCACCCCGCCCCAUUCUCUCACUUUCCAUCACCCCGCCCCAUUCUCCCGCUUUUCAUCACCCCGCCCCAUUCUCCCGCUUUCCAUCACCCCGUCCCAUUCUCCCUCUUUCCAUCACCCCGCUCCAUUCUCCCGCUUUCCAUCACCCCGCCCUAUUCUCCCUCUUUCCAUCACCCCUCCCUAUUCUCCCUCUUUCCAUCACCCCGCCCUAUUCUCCCGCUUUCCAUCACCCCGCCCCAUUCUCCCGCUUUCCAUCAACCCGCCCCAUUCUUCCGCUUUCCAUCACCCCGCCCCAUUCUCCCGGUUUCCAUCACCCGGCCCCAUUCUCCCGCUUUCCAUCACCCCGCCCCAUUCUCCCUCUUUCCAUCACCCCGCCCCGUUCUCCCGCUUUCCAUCACCCUGCUCCGUUCUCCCGCUUUCCAUCACCCCGACCCAUUCUCCCCCUUUCCAUCAACCCGCCACAUUCUCCCGCUUUCCAUCACCGCGCCCCAUUCUCCCUCUUUCCAUCACCCCGCCCCGUUCUCCCGCUUACCAUCACCCCGCCCCAUUCUCCCGCUUUCCAUCACCCCGCCCCAUUCUCCCUCUUUCCAUCACCCCGCCCCAUUCUCCCUCCGCCCCAUUCUCCCGCUUUCCAUCACCCCGCACCAUUCUCCCGCUUUUCAUUACCUCGCCCUAUUCUCCCGAUUCCCAUCAACCCGCCCCAUUCUCCCGCUUUCUAUCACCCGUCCCCAUUCUCCCUCUUUCCAUCACCCCGCCCCAUUCUCCCGCUUUCCAUCACCCCGCCCCAUUCUACCACUUUCCAUCACCUCGCCCCUUUCUCCCGCUUUCCAUCACCCUGCCCCAUUCUCCCGCUUUCCAUCAACCUGCCCCAUUCUCCCGCUUUCCAUCACCCUGCCCGAUUCUCCCUCCUUCCAUCACCCCACCCCAUUCUCCCGCUUUCCAUCACCCCGCCUUAUUCUCCUGCUCUCCAUCACCCCGCACCAUUCGCCCGCUUUCCAUCACCCCUCCCCAUUCUCCUGCUUUCCAUCACCCCGCCCCAUUCUCCCUCCUUCCAUGACCCCGCCCCAUUCUCCCUCCAUCCAUCACCCCACCCUAUUCUCCCAAUUUCCAUCACCCCACCCCAUUCUCCCGCUUUCCAUCACCCCGCCUUACUCUCCCGCUUUCCAUCACCUCGCCCCAUUCUCCCGCUUUCCAUCACCCCGCCCCAUUCUCCGCUUUCCAUCAGACGCCCAUUCUCCCGCUUUCCAUCACCCCGCACCAUUCUCCCGCUUUUCAUUACCUCGCCCCAUUUUCCCGCUUCCCAUCAUCUCGCCCCAUUCUCCCGCUUUUCAUCACCCUGCCCCAUUCUCCCUCCUUCCAUCACCCCACCCCAUUCUCCCGCUUUCCAUCACCUCGCCCCAUUCUCCCGCUUUCCAUCACCCCGACCCAUUCUCCCGCUUUCUAUCACCCCGCCCCAUUCUCCUGCUUUCCAUCACCUGCCCCAUUCUCCCGCUUUCCAUCACCCCACCCCAGUCUCCCGCUUUCCAUCACCCCGCCCUAUUCUCCCGCUUUCCAUCACCCCGCCCCAUUCUCCCGCUUUCCAUCACCCCACCCCAUUCUCCCGCUUUCCAUCACCCCGCCCCAUUCUCCCGCUUUCCUUCACCCCUCCCCAUUCUCCCGCUUUCAAUCACCCCGCCCCAUUCUCCCGCUUUCAAUCACCCCACCCCAUUCUCCCGCUUUCCAUCACUCCGCCCCAUUCUCCCUCCUUCCAUCACCCCGCCCCAUUCUCCCGCUUUCCAUCACCCCGACCCAUUCUCCCACUUUCCAUCACCCCGCCCAAUUCUCUCGAUUUCCCCCCAUUCCCCCGCUUUCCAUCACCCCGCCCUAUUCUCCCUCUUUCCAUCACCCCGCCCCAUUCUCCCUCCUUCUAUCACCCCGCCCCAUUCUACCGCUUUCCAUCACCCCACCACAUUCUUCCACUUUCCAUCACCCCGCCCCAUUCUCCCUCCUUCCAUCACCCCGCCCCAUUCCCCCGCUUUCCAUCACCCCGCCCCAUUCUCCCGCAUUCCAUCACCCCGCCCCAUUCUCCCUCCUUCCAUAACCCUGCCCCAUUCUCCCGCUUUCCAUCACCCCACCCCAUUCUUCCGCAUUCCAUCACCCCGCCCCAUUCUCCCGCUUUCCAUCACCUCGCCCCAUUCUCCCGCAUUCCAUCACCCCGCCCCAUUCUCCCGGUUUCCAUCACCCCGCCCCCUUCUCCCUCCUUCCAUCACCCUGCCCCAUUCUCCCUCCUUCCAUCACCCCGCCCCUUUCUCCCGCUUUCCAUCAGCCUGCCCCAUUCUCCCGCUUUCCAUCACCCCGCCCCAUUCUCCCGCGUUCCAUCUCCCCGCCCCAUUCUCCCGGUUUCCAUAACCCCGCCCCCUUCUCCCUCCUUCCAUCACCCCGCCCCAUUCUCCCUCCUUCCAUCAUCCCGCCCCUUUCUCCCGCUUUCCAUCAGCCCGCCCCAUUCUCCCGCUUUCCAUCACCCAGCCCCAUUCUCCCGCUCUCCAUCACCCCGCCCCGUUCUCCCGCUUUCCAUAACCCCGCCCCAUUCUCAAGCUUUCCAUCACCCCGCCCCAUUCACCCGCUUUCCAUCACCCCGCCCCAUUCCGCUCCUCUCCGUCACCCCGCCCCAUUCUCCCGCUUUCCAUCACCUCGCCCCAUUCUCACGCUCUCCAUCACCCCGCCCAAUUCACCCGCUUUCCAUCACCCCGCCCCAUUCUCACGCUUUCCAUCACCCCACCCCACUCCCGCUUUCCAUCACCCCGCCCCAUUCUCCCGCUUUCCAUCACCCAGCCCCAUUCUCCCGCUCUCCAUCACCCCGCCCCGUUCUCCCGCUUUCCAUAACCCCGCCCCAUUCUCACGCUUUCCAUCACCCCGCCCCAUUCACCCGCUUUCCAUCACCCCGCCCCAUUCCGCUCCUCUCCGUCACCCCGCCCCAUUCUCCCGCUUUCCAUCACCUCGCCCCAUUCUCACGCUCUCCAUCACCCCGCCCAAUUCACCCGCUUUCCAUCACCCCGCCCCAUUCUCACGCUUUCCAUCACCCCACCCCACUCCCGCUUUCCAUCACCCCGCCCCAUUCUCCCGCUUUCCAUCACCUCGCCCCAUUCUCACGCUUUCCAUCACCCCGCCCCAUUCUCCCGCUUUCCAUCACCCCGCCCCAUUCUCCCUCCUUCCAUCACCCCGCCUCAUUCUCCCUCCUUCCAUCACCCCGCCCCAUUCUCCCGCUUUCCAUCACCCCGCCCCAUUCUCCCGCUUCCCAUCACCCCGCCCCAUUCUCCCGCUUUCCAUCACCCCGCCCCAUUCUCCCGCAUUCCAUCACCCCGCCCCAUUCUCCCGCUUUCCAUAACCCCGCCCUAUUCUCCUGCUUACCAUCACCCCGCCAUAUUCUCCCACUUUCCAUCACCCCGCCCCAUUCUCCCUCCUUCCAUCACCCGCCCCAUUCUCCCUCCUUCCAUCAUCCCACCCCAUUCUCCCUCCUUCCAUCACCCCGCCCCAUUCUCCCGCUUUCCAUCACCACGCCUCAUUCUCCCGCUUUCCAUCACCCCGCCCCAUACUCCCGCUUUCCAUCACCCCGCCCCAUUCUCCCGCUUUCCAUCACCCCGCCCCAUUCUCCCGCUUUCCAUCACCCCGCCCCUUUCUCCCGCUUUCCAUCACCCCGCCCCAUUCUCUCGCUUUCCAUCACCCCGCCCCAUUCUCCCGCUUUCCAUCACACCGCCCCAUUCUCCUGCUUUCCAUCACCCCUCUCCGUUCUCCCUCUUUCCAUCACCCCGCCCCAUUCGCCCUUUUUCCAUCACCCCUCCCCAUUCUCCCUCUUUCCAUCACCCCGCCCCAUUCUCCCUCUUUCCAUCACCUCGCCCCAUCCUCCCUCUUUCCAUCACCCCGCACCAUUCUCCCGCUUUCCAUCACCCCGCACCAUUCUCCCGCUUUCCAUCACCGCACCCCAUUCUACUGCUUUCCAUCACCCCGUCCCAUUCUCCCGCUUUCCAUCACCCCGCCCAAUUUUCCCUCUUUCCAUCACCCCGACCCAUUCUCCCUCUUUCCAUCACCCCGCCCCAUUCUCCCCCAAUCCAUCACCCCUACCCAUUUUCACUCUUUCCAUCACCCCGUCCCAUUCUCCCGCUUUCCAUCAACCCGCCCCAUUCUCCCUCUUUCCAUCACCCCGCCCCAUUCUCCCUCCUUCCAUCACCCCGCCCCAUUCCCCCGCUUUCCAUCACCCCGCCCCAUUCUCCCGCAUUCCAUCACCCCGCCCCAUUCUCCCUCCUUCCAUCACCCCGCCCCAUUCUCCCGCUUUCCAUCACCCCACCCCAUUCUUCCGCAUUCCAUCACCCCGCCCCAUUCUCCCGCUUUCCAUCACCUCGCCCCAUUCUCCCGCAUUCCAUCACCCCGCCCCAUUCUCCCGCCUGCCCCAUUCUCCCGCUUUCCAUCACCCCGCCCCAUUCUCCUGCGUUCCAUCUCCCCGCCCCAUUCUCCCGGUUUCCAUAACCCCGCCCCCUUCUCCCUCCUUCCAUCACCCCGCCCCCUUCUCCCUCCUUCCAUCACCCCGCCCUAUUCUCCCGCUUUCCAUCACCCCGCCCCAUUCUCCCGCUUCCCAUCACCCCGCCCCAUUCUCCCGCUUUCCAUCACCCCGCCCCAUUCUCCCGCAUUCCAUCACCCCGCCCCAUUCUCCCGCUUUCCAUAACCCCGCCCCAUUCUCCUGCUUACCAUCACCCCGCCAUAUUCUCCCACUUUCCAUCACCCCGCCCCAUUCUCCCUCCUUCCAUCACCCGCCCCAUUCUCCCUCCUUCCAUCAUCCCACCCCAUUCUCCCUCCUUCCAUCACCCCGCCCCAUUCUCCCGCUUUCCAUCACCACGCCUCAUUCUCCCGCUUUCCAUCACCCCGCCCCAUACUCCCGCUUUCCAUCACCCCGCCCCAUUCUCCCGCUUUCCAUCACCCCGCCCCAUUCUCCCGCUUUCCAUCACCCCGCCCCUUUCUCCCGCUUUCCAUCACCCCGCCCCAUUCUCUCGCUUUCCAUCACCCCGCCCCAUUCUCCCGCUUUCCAUCACACCGCCCCAUUCUCCUGCUUUCCAUCACCCCUCUCCGUUCUCCCUCUUUCCAUCACCACGCCCCAUUCGCCCUCUUUCCAUCACCCCUCCCCAUUCUCCCUCUUUCCAUCACCCUGCCCCAUUCUCCCUCUUUCCAUCACCUCGCCCCAUCCUCCCUCUUUCCAUCACCCCGCACCAUUCUCCCGCUUUCCAUCACCCCGCACCAUUCUCCCGCUUUCCAUCACCGCGCCCCAUUCUACUGCUUUCCAUCACCCCGUCCCAUUCUCCCGCUUUCCAUCACCCCGCCCAAUUUUCCCUCUUUCCAUCACCCCGACCCAUUCUCCCUCUUUCCAUCACCCCGCCCCAUUCUCCCCCAAUCCAUCACCCCUCCCCAUUUUCACUCUUUCCAUCUCCCCGUCCCAUUCUCCCGCUUUCCAUCAACCCGCCCCAUUCUCCCUCUUUCCAUCACCCCGCCCCAUUCUCCCUCCUUCCAUCACCCCGCCCCAUUCCCCCGCUUUCCAUCACCCCGCCCCAUUCUCCCGCAUUCCAUCACCCCGCCCCAUUCUCCCUCCUUCCAUCACCCCGCCCCAUUCUCCCGCUUUCCAUCACCCCACCCCAUUCUUCCGCAUUCCAUCAACCCGCCCCAUUCUCCCGCUUUCCAUCACCUCGCCCCAUUCUCCCGCAUUCCAUCACCCCGCCCCAUUCUCCCGGUUUCCAUCACCCCGCCCCCUUCUCCCUCCUUCCAUCACCCUGCCCCAUUCUCCCUCCUUCCAUCACCCCGCCCCUUUCUCCCGCUUUCCAUCAGCCUGCCCCAUUCUCCCGCUUUCCAUCACCCCGCCCCAUUCUCUUGCGUUCCAUCUCCCCGCCCCAUUCUCCCGCCCGCCCCAUUCUCCCGCUUUCCAUCACCCAGCCCCAUUCUCCCGCUCUCCAUCACCCCGCCCCGUUCUCCCGCUUUCCAUAACCCCGCCCCAUUCUCACGCUUUCCAUCACCCCGCCCCAUUCACCCGCUUUCCAUCACCCCGCCCCAUUCCGCUCCUCUCCGUCACCCCGCCCCAUUCUCCCGCUUUCCAUCACCUCGCCCCAUUCUCACGCUCUCCAUCACCCCGCCCAAUUCACCCGCUUUCCAUCACCCCGCCCCAUUCUCACGCUUUCCAUCACCCCACCCCACUCCCGCUUUCCAUCACCCCGCCCCAUUCUCCCGCUUUCCAUCACCUCGCCCCAUUCUCACGCUUUCCAUCACCCCGCCCCAUUCUCCCGCUUUCCAUCACCCCGCCCCAUUCUCCCUCCUUCCAUCACCCCGCCUCAUUCUCCCUCCUUCCAUCACCCCGCCCCAUUCUCCCGCUUUCCAUCACCCCGCCCCAUUCUCCCGCUUCCCAUCACCCCGCCCCAUUCUCCCGCUUUCCAUCACCCCGCCCCAUUCUCCCGCAUUCCAUCACCCCGCCCCAUUCUCCCGCUUUCCAUAACCCUGCCCCAUUCUCCUGCUUUCCAUCACCCCGCCAUAUUCUCCCACUUUCCAUCACCCCGCCCCAUUCUCCCUCCUUCCAUCACCCGCCCCAUUCUCCCUCCUUCCAUCACCCCACCCCAUUCUCCCUCUUUCCAUCACCCCGCCCCAUUCUCCCGCUUUCCAUCACCACGCCUCAUUCUCCCGCUUUCCAUCACCCCGCCCCAUACUCCCGCUUUCCAUCACCCCGCCCCAUUCUCCCGCGUUCCAUCACCCCGCCCCAUUCUCCCGCUUUCCAUCACCCCGCCCCUUUCUCCCGCUUUCCAUCACCCCGCCCCAUUCUCUCGCUUUCCAUCACCCCGCCCCAUUCUCCCGCUUUCCAUCACACCGCCCCAUUCUCCUGCUUUCCAUCACCCCUCUCCGUUCUCCCUCUUUCCAUCACCCCGCCCCAUUCGCCCUCUUUCCAUCACCCCUCCCCAUUCUCCCUCUUUCCAUCACCCCCCCCCAUUCUCCCUCUUUCCAUCACCUCGCCCCAUCCUCCCUCUUUCCAUCACCCCGCACCAUUCUCCCGCUUUCCAUCACCCCGCACCAUUCUCCCGCUUUCCAUCACCGCGCCCCAUUCUACUGCUUUCCAUCACCCCGUCCCAUUCUCCCGCUUUCCAUCACCCCGCCCAAUUUUCCCUCUUUCCAUCACCCCGACCCAUUCUCCCUCUUUCCAUCACCCCGCCCCAUUUUCCCCCAAUCCAUCACCCCUCCCCAUUUUCACUCUUUCCAUCACCCCGUCCCAUUCUCCCGCUUUCCAUCACCCCGCCCCAUUCUCCCUUUUUCCAUCACCCCGCCCCAUUCUCCCCCAAUCCAUCACCCCGCCCCAUUUUCACUCUUUCCAUCACCCCGUCCCAUUCUCCCGCUUUCCAUCACCCCGCCCCAUUCUCCCGCUUUCCAUCACCCCGCUCCAUUCUCCCGCGUUCCAACACCCCACCCAAUUCUCCCUCUUUCCAUCACCCCUCCCCAUUCUCCCUCUUUCCAUCACCCAGCCCCAUUCUCCCGCGUUCCAUCACCCCGCCCCAUUCUCCCUCUUUCCAUCAUCGCGCCCCAUUCUCCCUCUUUCCAUCACCCCGCCCCAUUCUCCCGCUUUCCAUCAUUCCCGCCCCAUGCUCCCGCUUUCCAUCACCCCGCCCCAUUCUCUCGCUUUCCAUCACCACGCCCCAUUCUCCCGCUUUCCAUCACCCCGCCCCAUUCUCCCGCUUUCCAUCACUCUGCCCCAUUCUCCCGCUUUCCAUCACCCCGCCCCAUUCUCCCGCUUUCCAUCAUUCCGCCCCAUUCUUCUCCUUCCAUCACCCCGCCUCAUUCUACCUCCUUCCAUCACCCCGCCCCAUUCUCCCGCUUUCCAUCACCCCGCCCCAUUCUCCCGCUUUCCAUCACCCCGCCCCAUUCUCCCGCUUUCCAUCACCACGCCCCAUUCUCCCGCUUUCCAUCACCCCGCCCCAUUCUCCCUCCUUCCAUCACCCUGCCCCAUUCUCCCGCUUUCCGUCACCCCGCCCCAUUCUCCCGCUUUCCAUCACCUCGCCCCAUUCUUAUGCUUUCCAUCAACCCGCCCCAUUCUCCCGCUUUCAAUCACCCCGCCCCAUUCACUCGCAUUCCAUAACCCGCCCCAUUCUCCCGCUUUCCAUCACCCCGCCCCGUUCUCCCGCUUUCCAUCUCCCCGCCCCAUCCUCCCGCUUUUCAUCACCCCGCCCCAUUCUCCCGCUUUCCAACAUCCCGCCCCGUUCUCCCGCUUUCCAUCACCCCGCCCCAUUCUCCCGCUUUCCAUCACCCCGCCCCAUUCUCCCGCUUUCCAUCACUCCGCCCCAUUCUCCCGCUUUCCAUCACCCCGCCCCAUUCUCCCGCUUUCCAUCAACCCGCCCCAUUCUCCCUCCUUCCAUCACCCCGCCUCAUUCUCCCUCCUUCCAUCACCCCGCCCCAUUCUCCCGCUUUCCAUCACCCCGCCCCAUUCUCCUGCUUUCCAUCACCCAGCCCCAUUCUCGCGCUUUCCAUCACCCCGCCCCAUUUUCCCGCUUUCCAUCACCCUGCCCCAAUCUCCUGCUUUCCAUCAUCCCGCCCCAUUCUCCCUCCUUCCAUCACCCCGCCCCAUUCUCCCGCUUUCCAUCACCCCGCCCCAUUCUCCCGCUUUCCAUAACCCCGCCCCAUUCUCCCUCCUUUCAUCACCCGCCCCAUUCUCCCUCCUUCCAUCACCCCGCCCCAUUCUCCCUCCUUCCAUCGCCCCGCCCCAUUCUCCCACUUUCCAUCGGCCCGCCCCAUUCUCCCGCUUUCCAUCACCCCGCCUCAUUCUCCCGCUUUCCAUCACCCCGCCCCAUUCUCCCGCUUUCCAUCACCCUGCCCCAUUCUCCCGCUUUCCAUCAGCCCACCCCAUUCUCCCGCUUUCCAUCACCCCGCCCCAUUCUCCCGCUUUCCAUCACCCUGCCCCAUUCUCCCUCCUUCCAUCACCGCGCCUCAUUCUACCUCCUUCCAUCACCCCUGUUAUAGUCGAAGUUGCACCAACAAUUCUCCCGCUUUCCAUCACCCCGCUCCAUUGUCCCGCUUUCCACUACCCCGCCCAAUUCUCCCUCUUUCCAUCACCCCUCCCCAUUCUCCCUCUUUCCAUCACCCGGCCCCAUUCUCCCGCUUUCCAUCACCCCGGCCCCAUUCUCCCUCUUUCCAUCACCCCGCCCCAUUCUCCCGCUUUCUAUCACCCCGCCCCAUUUUCCCGCUUUCCAUCACCCCUUUCCAUUCUCCUGCUUUCCAUCACCCCGCCCCAUUCUCCCGCUUUCCAUCAUCCCGCCCCAUUCUCCCUCUUUCCAUCACCCCGCCCCAUUCUCCCGCUUUCCAUCACCCCGCCCCAUUCUUCCGCUUUCCAUCAUCCCGCCCCAUUCUCCCGCUUUCCAUCACCCCGCCCCAUUCUCCCGCUUUGCAUCACCCCGCCCCAUUCUCCCGCUUUCCAUCACCCCACCCCAUUCUUCCGCUUUCCAUCACCCCUCCCCAUUCUCCCUCUUUCCAUCACCCCGCCCCAUUCUCCUGCUUUCCAUCACCCCGCCCAAUUCUCCCGCUUUCCAUCACCCCGCCCCAUUCUCCCUCUUUCCAUCACCCCGCCCCAUUCUCCCGCUUUCCAUCUCCCCACCCCAUUCUCCUGCUUUCCAUCACCCCGUCCCAUUCUCCCGCCUCUUUCCAUCACCCCGCCCCAUUCUCCCGCUUUCCAUCACCGCGCCCCAUUCUCCCGCUUUCCAUCACCCCGCCCCCAUUCUCCCGCUUCCCAUCACCCUGCCCCCGUUCUCCCACUUUCCAUCACCCCGCCCCAUUCUCCCGCUUUCCAUCACCGCGCCCCAUUCUCCUGCUUUCCAUCACCCCGCCCCAUUCUCCUCUUUCCAUCACCCGCCCAUUCUCCCUCUUUCCAUCACCCUGCCCCAUUCUCCCGCUUUCCAUCACCCCGCCCCAUUCUCCCUGCUCUCCAUCACCCCGCCCCAUUCUCCCGCUUUCCAUCACCCCGCCCCAUUCUCCCGGUUUCCAUCACCCCGCCCCAUUCUCCCGGUUUCCAUCACCCUGCCCCAUUCUCUCGCUUUCCAUCACUCUGCCCCAUUCUACCUCUUUCUAUCACCCCACCCCAUUUUCCCUCUUUCCAUGACCCCGCCCCAUUCUCCCGAUUUCCAUCACCCCACCCCAUUCUCUCACCUCUUUCCAUCACCCCGCCCCAUUCUCCCGCUUUCCAUCACUCCGCCCCAUUCUCCCGCUUUCCAUCACCCCGCCCCAUUCUCCCGCUUUCCAUCACCCCGCCCCAUUCUCCAACUUUCCAUCACCCCGCCCCAUUCUCCCGCUUUCCAUCAACCCGACCCAUUCUCCCGCUUUCCAUCACCCCGCCCCAUUCUCCCUCUUUCGAUCACCCGCCCCAUUCUCCCGCUUUCCUUCACCCCGCCCCAUUCUUUUGCCUCUUUCCAUCACCCCGCCCCAUUCUCCCGCUUUCCAUCACCCCGCCCCAUUCUCCCGCUUUCCAUCACCCCGCCCCAUUCUCCAGCUUUCCAUCACCCCGCCCCAUUCUCCCUCUUUCCAUCACCCUUCCCCAUUCUCCCUCUAUCCAUCACCCCACCCAAUUCUGCCGCUUUCCAUCACCCCGUCCCAUUCUCCCGCUUUCCAUCACCUUGCCCCAUUCUUUUGCGUUCCAUCACCCCACCCCAUCCUCCCCUCUUUCCAUCAUCCCGCCCCAUUCUCCCGAUUUCUAUCACCCCGCCCCAUUCUCCCUCUUUCCAUCACCCCGCCCCAUUCUCCCACUUUCCAUCACCCCGCCCCAUUCUCCCUCUUUCAAUCAUCCCGCCCCAUUCUCUCGCUUUCCAUCACCCCGCCCCGUUCUCCCGCUUUCCAUCACCCCGCCACCUUUUCCCGCUUUCCAUCACCCCGCCCCAUUCUCCUGCUUUCCAUCACCCCGCCCCAUUCUCCCUCAUUCCAUCACCCCGCCCCAUUCUCUCGCUUUCCAUCACCCCGCCCCAUUCUCCCGCUUUUCAUCACCCCGCCCCAUUCUCCCGCUUUCCAUCACCCCGUCCCAUUCUCCCUCUUUCCAUCACCCCGCUCCAUUCUCCCGCUUUCCAUCACCCCGCCCUAUUCUCCCUCUUUCCAUCACCCCUCCCUAUUCUCCCUCUUUCCAUCACCCCGCCCUAUUCUCCCGCUUUCCAUCACCCCGCCCCAUUCUCCCGCUUUCCAUCACCCCGCCCCAUUCUCCCGCUUUCCAUCACCCCGCCCCAUUCUCCCACUUUGCAUCACUUCGCCCAAUUCUCCCGCUUUCCAUCACCCCGCCCCAUUCUCCCGCUUUCCAUCACCCCUCCCCAUUCUCCCUCUUUCCAUCACCCCGCCCCAUUCUCCUGCUUCCCAUCACCCCGCCCCAUUCUCCCGCUUUCCAUCACCCCGCCCCAUUCUCCCUCUUUCCAUCACCCCGCCCCAUUCUCCCGCUUUCCAUCUCCCCACCCCAUUCUCCUGCUUUCCAUCACCCCGUCCCAUUCUCCCGCCUCUUUCCAUCACCCCGCCCCAUUCUCCCGCUUUCCAUCACCGCGCCCCAUUCUCCCGCUUUCCAUCACCCCGCCCCCAUUCUCCCGCUUCCCAUCACCCCGCCCCGUUCUCCCACUUUUCAUCACCCCGCCCCAUUCUCUCGCCUCUUUUCCAUCACCCCGCCCCCAUUCUCCCGCUUUCCAUCACUCCGCCCCAUUCUCCCGCUUUCCAUCACCCCGCCCCAUUCUCCCGCUUUCCAUCACCCCGCCCCAUUCUCCAACUUUCCAUCACCCCGCCCCAUUCUCCCGCUUUCCAUCAACCCGACCCAUUCUCCCGCUUUCCAUCACCCCGCCCCAUUCUCCCUCUUUCGAUCACCCGCCCCAUUCUCCCGCUUUCCUUCACCCCGCCCCAUUCUUUUCGCCUCUUUCCAUCACCCGCCCCAUUCUCCCGCUUUCCAUCACCCCGCCCCAUUCUCCCGCUUUCCAUCACCCCGCCCCAUUCUCCCUCCUUCCAUCACCCCGCCCAUUCUCCCGCUUUCCAUCACCCCGCCCCAUUCUCCCUCCUUCCAUCACCCUGCCCAAUUCUCCAUCCUCCAUCACCCUGCCCCAUUCUCCCGCUUUCAUCACCCGCCCCAUUCUCCCUCUUUCUAUCACCCCGCCCAAUUCUCCGCUUUCCAUCACCCCGCCCCAUUCCCCUGCUUUCCAUCACCCCGCCCAUUCUCCCGCUUUCCAUCACCCCGCCCGUUCUCACGCUUUCGCACACCCGCCCAAUUCUCCCGCUUUCCAUCACCCCGCCCCAUUCUCCUGCUUUCCAUCACCCCGCCCCAUUCUCCCUCUUUCCAUCACCCCCGCCCCAUUCUCCCUCCUUCCAUCACCCCGCCCAAUUCUCCGCUUCCCAUAACCCCAGCCCCAUCUCCCCCUUUCCAUCACCCGCCACAUUCUCCACUUUCCAUCACCCUGCCCCAUUCUCCCUCCUUCCAUCACCCCGCCCCAUUCUCCCUCCUUCCAUCACCCCGCCCCAUUCUCCCGCUUUCCAUCUCCCCGCCCCAUUCUCCCGCUUUUCAUCACCCCGCCCCAUUCUCCCGCUUUCCAUCACCCCGUCCCAUCUCCCUCUUUCCAUCACCCCGCUCCAUUCUCCCGCUUUCCAUCACCCCGCCCUAUUCUCCCGCUUUCCAUCACCCGCCCUAUUCUCCCGCUUUCCAUCACCCCGCCCCAUUCUCCCUCCUUCCAUCACCCCCCCCCCAUUCUCCCGCUUUCCAUCACCUCGCCCCCAUUCUCCCGCUUUCCAUCACCCCGCCCCGUUUUCCCGCUUUCCAUCACCCUGCCCUAUUCUCCCGCUUUCCAUCACCCCGCCCCAUUCUCCCGCUUUCCAUCACCCCGCCCAAUUCUCCCGCUUUCCAUCACCCCCGCCCCAUUCCCCUGCUUUCCAUCACCCCGCCCCAUUCUCCCGCUUUCCAUCACCCCGCCCCGUUCUCACGCUUUCCAUCACCCCGCCCAAUUCUCCCGCUUUCCAUCAGCCCGCCCCAUUCUCCUGCUUUCCAUCACCCCGCCCCAUUCUCCCUCUUUCCAUCACCCUGCCCCAUUCUCCCUCCUUCCAUCACCCCGCCCAAUUCUGCGCUUCCCAUAACCCCAGCCCCAUCUCCCGCUUUCCAUCACCCCGCCACAUUCUCCCACUUUUCCAUCACCCCGCCCCAUUCUCCCUCCUUCCAUCACCCCGCCCCAUUCUCCCUCCUUCCAUCACCCCGCCCCAUUCUCCCGCUUUCCAUCUCCCCGCCCCAUUCUCCCGCUUUCCAUCACCCUGCCCCAUUCUCCCGCUUUCCAUCACCCCGCCCCAUUCUUCCGCUUCCCAUCAUCCCGCCCCAUUCCCCCGCUUUCCAUCACCCCUCCCAUUCUCCCACUUUCCAUCACCCCGCCCCAUUCUUCUGCUUUCCAUCACCCCCUGCCCCAUUCUCGCGCUUUCCAUCACCCCACACCAUUCACCCGCCUUUCCAUCACCCGCCCCAUCUCCCGCUUUCCAUCACCCCGCCCCAUUCUCCCGCUCUCCAUCAACCCGCCCCAAUCUCCCGCUUUUCAUCACCCCGCCCCAUUCUCCCGCUUUCCAACACCCCUCUCUAG